CAGAGUUAAACACAAAAUCUAAAAGGAAACAGGGGCAGGAGAGACAAAGAGAGCACAGGGGGGAAAUGUCCCCCUUCCAGCAUCCAUUCCUCCCUCGGGCUCCUUUCCCCUUCUGUUAUCCAGAGAACACCCAUCUGCAGAGAUGAGCCAGGAGAGCUGAGUAGCAGUAAUAAAAAUCUGGGGCUCUCCUGGGAAUUCUGGGAUAUUAUACAAGGCAAUCCCGCAGCAGCACCUGAUCACAGCCCUUUAAAUCAAACAGCUCGAGUGGAAAGUCUUCACACAUCCUGAGCGCUGGACCAGGAUGGUAGAGGGAAAACGCCUAGGAAAGGAGGGAUGGAGAGGGAAUGACAGCUCUAUAUAGAGAGAGAGAGAGAGCAGAGGAAGAGGGAGGAGCUGUGAGAGGACAGAAAUCCAGCAGGGAGAAACAGAGGAGAAAAAAAGGAAUGAUGCAGAAUUGAUGAAGAGAGACACAAAUAGCGACAGACUGCCAAGGAUACAGAGCAAGGUGCAAGAGACAGCCAGGGCACAGACCAAGGUAUGUGAGACAGCCAGGCCACAGAGGAAGGAGAAGGACAUAUCCAGGAGACAGACUAAGGUGUGCGAGACAGCCUAGACACAGAAAAAGGUGUAUGUGUGGCAGCCAGAUCACACUGAAGGUGAGCAAGACGGCUCAGGACACAGACCGGAGUACUGGGCACAACUAGGGCACAUACCAGAGUGCAGGCCGCUGCCAGGACACAGACCAGAGGGCAGGGCACUGCCAGGACACCACCAUUGGGAGAGGAAUGCAGAAGUCUUGGGAGCUGUGCAGUGCUGAAACCCUGAAGCCAUCAGAGAGCAUUCAGGCUGCUGUCCAGUGCUGAAACCCUGAAGCCAUCAGAGAGCAUUCAGGCUGCUGUCCAGUGCUGAAACUCUGAAGCCAUCAGAGAUCUUUCAGGCUGCUGUCCAGUGCUGAAACCCUGAAGCCAUCAGAGAGCAUUCAGGCUGCUGUCCAGUGCUGAAACUCUGAAGCCAUCAGAGAGCAUUCAGGCUGCUGUCCAGUGCUAAACCCCUCAGACCUCAUGGUACCCAGCAGAGGACUCCCUUCUUCUGAGGGCUGGGACUUCACCACUUUUCCUCCACUGGCUCAAUCUCUCUGACAGUGCUGAAGAACAUUGUGUUCCCAUUUUUAAGGAGGGUAGAGGGGAACUGCAGAUGUCCCUCCUUCACCUCUCUUCCUUCUUAUAUUCACUUCCAUAACCAUCUCCUCCUCCCUGACCCUGCUCUGAACUUUCACCUCUGGAGGGGAAGAAGAACAAUGCCAAGGUCCUUUCUGGUGAAAAAGGUGAAGGACGGCUUCUGUUCGGCUGACAGUGAAAGUGCGUAUGUCAGACACCGCUCGGACUUCACCACACACCUCUCUGAUAAAGGUUACAUCAGUGAAUAUAUUGCCCCUUCUGUGUAUGAUGGGGAUAGCGAUAGUCCCAUCAAAGUCCCCUCCCCAGACACCCUCUACACAGCAGUGCACAGUGAAUAUGGAGCCCCCGACUCAGAAUCCCCUGACAGCCCCCGCUCAGAGAUCACGGGAGGCUACAUCAAUGGGGAUACAGCAGUUAGUGAAGGUUACUCCGUUGAUGCCUUCUUCAUCACAGAUGGGCGGUCUCGUCGCAAGGUUUUGACUGGAGGUCGUUCCAUCCAACGGCACAGCUGCAGUGAGUGUGGGAAGAGCUAUGCCACGUCUUCCAACCUAAGUCGGCACAAGCAGACUCAUCGUAGCCUCGACAGCAAGCUAGCCAAGAAGUGCCCCACCUGUGGCAAGGUAUAUGUAUCCAUGCCGGCCAUGGCCAUGCAUCUACUCACCCACGACCUCAAGCACAAGUGUGACACCUGUGGGAAAGCCUUCAGCCGACCAUGGCUUCUCCAGGGCCAUAUGAGGUCCCACACCGGCGAAAAGCCGUUUGGCUGUGCCCACUGCGGCAAAGCCUUCGCCGACCGCUCCAACCUCCGUGCCCACAUGCAGACACACUCCGCCUUCAAACACUACAAGUGCAAACGUUGCAGCAAAACCUUCGCACUCAAGUCAUAUCUGAACAAACACUACGAGUCAGCCUGCUUCAAGGGUGCGGUGCCACCACUCAGCCCAAUGGAGGACUGAGGGUGGCACUCUCAGUGGAGGAGAACAUCAUCAUGCCACAUUCAACAUCUUUGUAGCAAACUCUGUCGCCAUCGCCACACAUCUACCCGCUUAGGUGGCUACUUGCUGAACUGGUACUCCUCACUUCCACUGGUAUCUGAUGUGGAUUGGGUGAUGGUCUCUCUAGUUUUGGUUACAUAUAUACAAGAUUAUUUUAUUGUUCUUCCAAGGUCGGUAAAACUGCUAAGAGGUGAACUCUGGUGGAAACCUUAGAGAUUCAUUUCCAUUAUGGUCUCAUUUUGGCUUCCAAGCACCUAGUAUAAUCGAUCAUUUCUAAAAACGAGUCAUACAGAGUAGGAAGAGAAGAAAGCUGAGUUGUGUUAAGUACUAGGAGAACGAGGUGCGUAUUUAGGGAGUUUUUGGCAAUAAUAAGGGUCAUUUAUGAAGUGUAAAACUAUAUCAGUAGCAUCAAAGCCGUUUUAUGACCUUAACGCAUCUAGUUUUGCACAACCGCACCCGAUUUUCCGGAGUAAUGCAAGAUUGUUGGGUCAGAAUGGCAGAAUCCAAAGGUGGACAAAGGCUGGCAAUGGCUAAUGAGUGGGCUUAAUUGGAUCAAGAUAUUCCUGAUAUCAGACAGAGUAAGUUAGCUGAGGUAAAGUGGUAAGAGGGUGCAUUUACAGGGUUUCUGUUCUUUAGUGGGAGGGUGCAUGUCUUUACCUCCCCUCCAAAGCACCAGCUCAGAGGUCCAGGAGGUCAGGAAUGAUCGCUUUGCUUUUAGUGGGACAACGCACAUCUCUCUGUGCCCAUCAAACCAUGUAAGACUCACCAGACAUAAAUAGUGAUGUCAUGUAAUUUUGGCAGUCCCAGUGUCCCCUCACGCUUUGAUAGCCUGGAGCUAAACUGAGCAGACUUUUCUUUAGUUAUGGUCAUGAAUGAGGAGCUCCUAAAGCUUUGUUAGGUGUCUCCUUUUCCUUGGAAUCUACCAACCCGCAAGACUAGGCAGAGAUUACAUUGCGCUCAGCAGACCGCAGCCACACAUAAUAAUGCAUAGUAGCACCUUAUAUUUUGCUGUUUAUAAAUGACCUUUGCUGCUCUCUGAAUGCAUCCCUGUAUCUUCUCCCUGGUGGUCUAUGAAUAUUCCCAAUUUAUGCAGGGAUGAGUUAGUAGACUACAUCAUGCGCUGGAGAAUUCACAUGUUCAAUGAGAUGUUUAAGUGAAUUAGUUCAGUCCUACAUCAUCUUCUGCAAUCAUAAUGUAAGUCAUCUUGGACUAUAGACGUAGUGGGAAUUGUGGCUUAUCUGGGACCACAGGAAUCACUAAUAACAUGGGAUGUGGGAUAAUGCAGAAGAAUGAGUAGUAUGAUGGGACUGUACAAUUAGAGGACCUGUAGGCAGGGGCUGGCAACUUUCAGCCUAGGGGGCAGAUUUAAGCAAGCAGCGCAGCUUUUCACAGGGAAUAUGCAGUCAGGUGGACCUGGAACACAUAUAUUGCCCUGGCCCCGGGGCAGAUGGCACCCUGUCCCCCUGCCCAGCCAGCCCCUGCCUGUAGGUGAGGGUCACAAAGAGUUACACAAUGCUUUGUAAAGUCGCAAUAAGAAUUUUAUGGAGGAGAGACAGGGAUGUUACAGAUUGGGGCAUUCAAGUGGGUGAGAUGGAGUGUAGGCAGAGUAAUGUCAUGUACGUACAUUUUACACAGGCCUUUCAUUGUUCUCUGUCUUUAGAACCCAUUUGAUACAUUUAGGACUCACUCAUACAUUUUGGGAGAAAUGUUAUGUGCAGUCUUAAAGAAUUACUUAGUUACACCAGACAAUACAUAGUUCCGACCAGACAAUACAUGGUUAAGAAUAUCCCUUUUUCUACUAAUCUAUUGAUCAUGGCAAUAUGAUUUCUUAUUUGGUGAAUAUUUUUAUAUUUCCUUGUCGAGACCAUUACCCAUUUAGUCUGUGGUUGACCAUCUAAAGGGCAUCCAAUUCAUUGCCACAGUAUUGUCAAUACAUGUUUUAGGCCCUUGUCUCACAGCCAAUUGUUGGAGGUCCAUGCAUUCUGAUCCCUUGUUGGAGGUCCAUGCAUUCUGAUCCCUUGUUGGAGGGCCAUGCAUUCUGAUCCCUUGUUGGAAGUCCACACAUUCUGCUCCCCUGUUGGAGGUCCACGUAUUCUGAUACCUUGUGGGAGGUCCAUGCAUUCUGAUACCUUGUUGGAGGUCCAUGUAUUCUGAUACCUUGUUGGAGGUCCAUGUAUUCUGAUACCUUGAUGUGGGUUCUUUUAUUCUGAUUCAUUAUUAGAGGUCCAAGUGUUCAGAACCCUUGUUGGAAGUCCAUGUAUUCUAUUGUACUUUCAUGUUGAAGAUUCCAUGUAUACUGAUUGCUGAUUGGAGGUCCACGCAUUCUGAUACCUUGCUGCUGGUUUAUUUAUUUUGAUGCAUUAUUAGAGGUCCAAGUAUUCAGAUCCCUUGUUGGAGGUCCAUGUAUUCUACUGUACUUUCUUGUUGAAGGUCCCUGUAUUCUGAUCCCCUGGUUGGAGGUCCAUGUAUUCUGAUACCUUGUUGGGGUUCCACACAUUGUGAUCCCUUGUUGUGGGUUCAUUUAAUCUGAUUUAUUAUUAGAGGUCCAAGUAUUCCGUUCCCUUGUUGGAGGUCCAUGCAUUCUGAUCCCUUGUUGGAGGUCUAUGCAUUCUGAUCCCUUGUUAGAGGUCCAUGCAUUCUGAUCCCUGGUUAGAGGUCCAUGCAUUCUGCUUUCUUGUUGGAGGUCCAUGCAUUCUACUUUCUUGUUGAAAGUCAAUGUAUUCUGAUCGCUGGUUGGAGGUCCAUGUAUUCUGAUACCUUGUUGGAGGUCCACGCAUUCUGAUACCAUGUUGCGGGUUCAUUUAAUCUGAUUCAUUAUUAGAGGUCAAAGUAUUCAGAUCCCUUGUUGGAGGUCCAUGUAUUCUAAUCCCUGGUUGGAGGUCCAUGUAUACUGAUUCCUUGUUGUAGGUCCAUGCAUUCUGAUCCCUGGUUGGAGGUCCACACAUUCUAAUCCCUUGAUGGAGGUCCACAUAUUCUGAUUCCUGGUUGGAGGUCCAUGUAUACUGAUUCCUUAUUGGAGGUCCAGGCAUUCUGAUUCCUGGUUGGAGGUCCAUGCAUACUUUUUUCUUGUUGGAGGUCCAUUCUUUCUGAUCUCUUGUUGGAGGUCCAUGUAUUCUGGUCCCUUGUUGGAGGUCCAUGUAUUCUGAUCCCUGGUUGGAGGUCCAUGCAUUCUACUUUCUUGUUGGAGGUCCAUGCAUUCUACUUUCUUGUUGAAGGUCCAUGUAUUCUGAUCGCUGGUUGGAGGUCCAUGUAUUCUGAUACUUUGUUGGAGGUCCACGCAUUCUGAUGCCAUGUUGCGGGUUAAUUUAAUCUGAUUCAUUAUUAGAGGUCAAAGUAUUCAGAUCCCUUGAUGGAGGUCCAUGUAUUCUAAUCCCUGGUUCGAGGUCCAUGUAUACUGAUUCCUUGUUGUAGGUCCAUGCAUUCUGAUCCCUGGUUGGAGGUCCACACAUUCUAAUCCCUUGAUGGAGGUCCACAUAUUCUGAUUCCUGGUUGGAGGUCCAUGUAUACUGAUUCCUUAUUGGAGGUCCAGGCAUUCUGAUUCCUGGUUGGAGGUCCAUGCAUACUUUUUUCUUGUUGGAGGUCCAUUCUUUCUGAUCUCUUGUUGGAGGUCCAUGUAUUCUGGUCCCUUGUUGGAGGUCCAUGUAUUCUGAUCCCUGGUUGGAGGUCCAUGCAUUCUACUUUCUUGUUGGCGGUCCAUGCAUUCUACUUUCUUGUUGAAGGUCCAUGUAUUCUGAUCGCUGGUUGGAGGUCCAUGUAUUCUGAUACUUUGUUGGAGGUCCACGCAUUCUGAUGCCAUGUUGUGGGUUAAUUUAAUCUGAUUCAUUAUUAGAGGUCAAAGUAUUCAGAUCCCUUGUUGGAGGUCCAUGUAUUCUAAUCCCUGGUUGGAGGUCCAUGUAUACUGAUUCCUUGUUGUAGGUCCAUGCAUUCUGAUCCCUGGUUGGAGGUCCACACAUUCUAAUCCCUUGAUGGAGGUCCACAUAUUCUGAUUCCUGGUUGGAGGUCCAUGUGUACUUUUUCCUUGUUGGAGGUCCAUUCUUUCUGAUCUCUUGUUGGAUGUCCAUGUAUUCUGAUCCCUUGUUGGAGGUCCAUGUAUUCUGAUCCCUGGUUGGAGGUCCAUGUAUUCUAAGACAUUGCUCUUAUUUUAAUACUAUCCUCAUAAUUGUUCUUCCAUCAGUAACAGGGUACAAGACACAUGUAGCGGCUCUUGUUAUUCCUUCCAUGUCUUAUACAAUAUCAAUAAUGGAAGUAUAUUGCUCUCCUUGUCCUCCUCCUGCAUAAUAUGGAUUACAGGAUGCACUAUGUGCAGAAUCCUGAGGACCGCUCUUCAUCUCUCACUGUGAGAUUUUAUUUCUCAUAGUAUGUUGGCAGAGUUUAUCACUUCAUCCUCCAUGGUGGCUGGGUCAGAGUUUUCCUCCCUUCUAGUUAUUCCCACUAGAAAGUUGUGUUUUCUUCUGGUCAGUUUCAUGAUGAACUAUUGCAUUAUUAGCUGUUACCCCAGCUCAUGGUCUCCUAUGGACCUACUGUGAGUGGAACCAGUACACAAGCUGCUCAUUAUUCUUCUUGCCGUCUCAGCCUGGAUUGGCAGAAAAGUUUUUACUUUGUACACAAGAUGACAUAUUCUACAACAUCUCCAUUAUCUCGGACAGACUGUUCAUAAUCUCCUUUAUUUUAUCUCAGUUUUCACCUCUCCUGAUCACCCUGACCUGACCUGAGAGAGAGUUAGAUUUGGGUGGGUUACGUGGUUUCUGUGCAGGGUAAAUACUGGCUGCUUUUGCAUGUAGCCCACAAAUGUUUUAUUCAGCCACUGCAAUUUGGAUUUCAGUUUGGACACCCCACCCAAAUCUAACUCUCUCUGCCCCCACCUGCCCAGUGUUAUUUGCCCCACCAGCGCUAGGGCACAGCAGCAGUGAAUGGGUUCUUUAUCUUUACCUUUUCUGGAACACAAUCAAUUUGUCAAUUCAUCCUCAAUCAGCAAUAGUCUGUCACAUUUACCUCAUCACAUAAAAGUAAAACAUUAGAUAAUCAGCUAUUCAGCUUUUAACACUAUUUUGGUCAUUUAAAGAAGAAGAGUGUGGAACAUGCUACAUAAAACCCAGAUUAUCUCAUUAGCAAUAAGAGAGAACUUAAUAGCUCCCAGUUACCCUAUAACGAGCCCUGGGGGAAAUACUGUAGGUAUAGUGUGGUAGGUGUUUUACGUCAAGACAUUGACCAGUGAGAGGACUGAGAGUCGCCUCUCAGAGUCAUCAGUGAAAAGGUGUUACAUAGAUCUAGUGGUCAGCCACAUGUAUGUAUAUAUAAUAGAUAUAUAUAUAUAGUGUAUUUCAUGAGUGACCCAGUUUAAAGGAAUAGUAUGGUAAGCCUACAUAUAAGUGUUGGGGGGCUGGGAGUCAGUGACUGGCAGACAAUCAAAGACUUGAGGGUUCAGAAGUGAUAGAUGGGUAUUGUAGGCUUUGGGGGGCAGUGAGUGACCAGUAUUGUAGGUUUAUUUGGGGUGAGUGAGUGACCAGUACUGUAGGUUUAUUCGGGGGGCAGUGAGUGACCAGUACUGUAGGUUUAUUUGGGGGGCAGUGAGUGACCAGUAUUGUAGGUUUAUUUGGGGGGCAGCGAGUGACCAGUACUGUAGAUUUAUUUGGGGGGCAGUGAGUGACCAGUACUGUAGGUUUAUUUGGGGGGCAGUGAGUGACCAGUACUGUAGGUUUAUUUGGGGGGCAGUGAGUGACCAGUACUGUAGGUUUAUUUGGGGGGCAGUGAGUGACCAGUAUGUUAGGUUUAUUUUGGGGGCAGUGAGUGACCAGUACUGUAGGUUUAUUUGGGGGGCAGUGAGUGACCAGUACUGUAGGUUUAUUUGGGGGGCAGUGAGUGACCAGUAUUGUAGGUUUAUUUGGGGGGUCAGUGAGUGACCAGUAUUGUAGGGUUAUUUGGGGGGCAGUGAGUGACCAGUACUGUAGGUUUAUUUGGGGGGCAGUGAGUGACCAGUACUGUAGGUUUAUUUGGGGGGCAGUGAGUGACCAGUAUUGUAGGUUUAUUUGGGGGGCAGUGAGUGACCAGUACUGUAGGUUUAUUUGGGGGGCAGUGAGUGACCAGUACUAUAGGUUUAUUUGGGGGGGCAGUGAGUGACCAGUAUUGUAGGUUUAUUUGGGGGGUCAGUGAGUGACCAGUAUUGUAGGUUUAUUUGGGGGGUCAGUGAGUGACCAUUAUUGUAGGGUUAUUUGGGGGGCAGUGAGUGACCAGUACUGUAGGUUAAUUUGGGGGGCAGUGAGUGACCAGUACUGUAGGUUUAUUUGGGGGGCAGUGAGUGACCAGUAUUGUAGGUUUA